AUGGCGACCUUUGUGAGCGAGCUGGAGGCGGCCAAGAAGAACUUGAGCGAGGCGCUGGGAGACAACGUGAAACAAUACUGGGCCAACUUAAAGCUGUGGUUCAAGCAGAAGAUCAGCAAGGAAGAGUUCGACCUUGAAGCCCACAGGCUCCUCACUCAGGACAAUGUCCAUUCUCACAAUGAUUUCCUGCUGGCCAUCCUCACACGUUGUCAGAUUUUGGUUUCUACACCAGAGGGUGCUGGAUCUUUGCCCUGGACAGGGGGCUCUGCAGCCAAGCCUGGAAAACCCAAGGGCAAGAAAAAGCUUUCUUCUGUUCGUCAAAAAUUUGAUCAUAGAUUCCAGCCUCAGAACCCCCUCUCUGGCGCUCAGCAGUUUGUGGCAAAGGAUCCCCAGGAUGAUGAUGAUUUGAAACUCUGUUCCCACACUAUGAUGCUCCCCACAAGAGGUCAGCUUGAAGGGAGAAUGAUCGUGACUGCCUACGAGCAUGGGCUGGACAACGUCACCGAGGAAGCUGUUUCUGCUGUUGUCUAUGCUGUGGAGAAUCACCUCAAAGAUAUACUAACUUCAGUUGUGUCGAGAAGGAAAGCCUACCGGGUCCGAGAUGGCCAUUUUAAAUAUGCUUUUGGUAGUAAUGUGACCCCACAACCAUACCUGAAGAAUAGUGUGGUGGCUUACAACAACUUGGUUGAAGGCCCUCCAGCCUUUUCUGCUCCCUGUGCCAGUCAGAAUUCAGCUUCUCAACCACAUCCUGACGAUGCUGAACAGCAGGCCGCAUUCCUGUUGGCAUGUUCUGGGGACACUCUACCUGCAUCCUUGCCCCCGGUGAACAUGUAUGACCUGUUUGAAGCUCUGCAGGUACACAGGGAAGUCAUUCCUACACAUACUGUGUAUGCUCUUAACAUUGAAAGGAUCAUCAUGAAACUUUGGCACCCCAAUCAUGAAGAGCUACAACAAGACAAAGUCCACCGCCAGCGCUUGGCAGCAAAAGAAGGACUUUUGCUCUGCUAAAUUAGGAUUUGAAAAUUUGGGACCAUCACUAAAUUAAUUGGUUGAUGAAAAUUGAAUGCUUUUGAGUCCACAUUUCAAAAUUGAAGUGUAUAAUGUAUGUAUAACCUUUCCUAUGGAAAUGAGAUUGAGUGCAUUUUGUGUUGCUACUGUGAAGCCAUUAAUAUAUGUCUGACUGAUGAUGACCUGUGUGUGUAUCCCAAGUAUAGGAGCAGGCAUUGUUCUGUUCCUGAAUAGGGAUAUUAAGGCAACUGAGGUGUUGUAUCCCUAGUCUAUUGUUAAGAUAGAUGACAUACUAGAAUAAAGAUGCUAUUGUAGCUCAGUCCCUGUGAUUAGCAGGACUACUGUGUGUUGAAUGAUGUAUAUUUUGUAUCCAACAGUGAAAAAUCUGCUUACCAUGAAGAAUUAUACUCUGCAUAUUGGUGGAAUAACCUAAUGUUAGUCAGAAUUCUCCUUUAGUGACUACUUAGCAGCUAGAGUAGUUCCAGGCAACCUACUGUUUUCACUGGAGAACAGGAUUUGGAUAUGUGGUUCUUUAUAGUUUUUUGGUUUUUUUUUUUUUUUUUUUUUUGUAAUUCAGUUGUUUUAGCAUUAGUGUCUAAAGGCUAAUGGGCAAGCUUGUUAAUCCUAUAGAAAUGGUUUUCAUGAAAUCUUACAAACUGCUAAUUUUCAUAUUUCUACAAAAUGUCUGUUUUACUCUUUCAAGUGGUACUAUGAACUACAUUUGACAGUGUUACUGGUAACCAACUUGUUUUAAAGCUAUGUUGCUUUUCAUUCAUGUAGUGUUGAUGGAUAAAAUAGGUGUGCAGAUAGAUUUUCAUUGGCCUAAACAGUAGACACAUGUGAGUAUUUUUGUGUGUUCCUAUAUCUGGAUAUGUGAAUUUGGUUUUGUAAUUUUAAAUGUGACAAACAUUUUGGGAGAAAAUCUUUUUCUGUUUAUUCAAAUAAGCAAAUAAAAUUAUAUAUAUAUCACAUACACACACACACACAUAUCAUGUAGUGUUGAUGGAUAAAAUAGAUGUACAGAUAGGUUUUCAUUGGCCUAAACUGUAGAUAUAUGUGAGUAUUUUUGUGUGUUCCUGCAUCUGGAUAUGUGGAUUUGGUUUUGUAUUUUUAAAUGUGACAAAUAAACGUUUUUUUGGAGAAAA